AUGACAGAUAGGGAAGCUUUAAGAAUCUUUUCGAGACAGCCAGUAUCGUUAGAUAUGAUCAAUUUCCUCGUGGCUACUACGAAUUCAAUAAUACAAAUUAAACCAGCUGCUAGGUCCUACAUUCCAUGCACUACAACAUCAACUCAACAAAUAAUACUGAUCAAGAAGCCAACAAUUUCGCUAACGAAUUUCAUCAAGAACUUGAUCAAGUAUUCCAAUGUUCAAACUCCAACCUUAAUGGCAACCCUUGUAUACCUUAAUAAAUUGAGAAAUUAUCUUCCAGCAAAUGCCGUGGGUAUGGAAACAACAAGGCAUCGUAUCUUUUUAUCGGCGUUGAUUGUUGCUGCAAAGACAUUGAACGAUAGUUCUCCCUUGAACAAACAUUGGACAAAAUACACUGAUGGCUUACUUUCACUCGAUGAAGUGAACCUCGCAGAACGCGAGUUGAUGAGUAUAUUAAAAUGGAAUAUUAAUAUCAAAGAGCACGAGUUGAUUGUAAUGCUACAACCUUUUCUUACUGAAAUUAAAUCUCAUUUAUUACGGCAACAAGAAUGGGAAUCGUUGCAGCGGAUCGGUUAUUACAGAUUAUCCCAAAAACAAUCAGUUAAUAGCAAUCUGUCGUUAUCGCUGCUGUUGUCUUCAUCACCUUCAAAUUAUUCCCUACAGGGGUCUUCAAAGUCUACCUCAACAAGUUCCUUAAAUUCGCAUUUAUCAUUAAGCAAUUCAACUUCAUCUACUUCAGUAUCGAGUUAUAACGAAGAUCGACCAAGCUUAACAACUUCCAAGAGAAUGCCAUUGUCUAACAAAUCCAUCAACAACUUGAACUUAGAGCAUCAUAACCAAUAUACAGCUCCUGCUAUAAAAAAGAAGAGAUCAAUGAUGAGUUUAUUAUCAUCUUCACCCAGUCGUGUUGUAUCUUAA